CCCAGCCCGGCGUGGGGAUGGCUGCAGCAGCGCGCCCGGCGUGAGGGGCCGCGGGCAGCGCGGGGCGGGGGCCGGAGACAGCAUGUGGAGCGGCCAGGCCCCGUUCAAGGAAGACAGCCAGCAGCUCCAGAAGCAGCCGGCGGUGGGACAGUGGAAGCCGCUGGCAUCAUCCAGCAGUGGGAAGGAGCUGCCACAGCUGGAUCCUCGCUGCAGGGAGGCAGGUGGGGGAGACAACGACCAAUCCACAGCGCAGCGCAAUGUCUCCCGCCUGCGCAGCUCCUCGGUGGAGAUCCGUGAGAAGGGAUCAGAGUUCCUGAAGGAGGAGCUCCACAGAGCACAGAAGGAGCUGAAGUUGAAGGAUGAGGAGUGUGAGAGGCUGUCAAAGGUCAGAGAGCAGCUGGAGCAGGAGCUGGAGGAGCUGACAGCCAGUCUGUUUGAGGAAGCGCACAAGAUGGUAAGAGACGCGAACACUAAGCAGGUGGCUUCAGAGAAGCAGCUGAGGGAGGCGCGAGGAAAGAUCGACAUGCUGCAAGCAGAGGUGACUGCUUUGAAGACUCUGGUGAUCACUUCCACACCUUCCUCUCCAAACCGAGAGCUGCACCCCCAGCUCCAAAGCCCCUCCAAAGCCGUCUUCAGGAAAGGGCACGGGCGGAACAAGAGCGCCAGCAGCGCAGUAGUCACAGCCACCAGCCAGAGCCUGCCCUUGGAGCCAGUUAGCAAUGAGUGCAAAGAGGUCGACUCCAUCCUGUUCGCUGAGUUCCAGGCCUGGAAGGAAUCCCCAACUUUGGAAAAAUCCUGCUCCUUUCUGGAGAGGAUUUACCGGGAAGAUGUGGGGCCCUGCCUGGACUUCACCAAACAGGAGCUAUCAGAGCUGGUGCGGGAGGCCGUGGAGCAGAACACGCUCACUAUAGAGCCCGUGGCUAUCCAGGCACUGCCCGUGGUGAAGGUGUCGGCGAUGGAAUGUGGCGGACCAAACGGGUUCCGGUCACAAAUUGUAACGAAGUGUGCUCUGAGUGGCCUGUCCCGAGCCUGCAAACACCGCAUCAAACUGGGGGAUUCUGGGAACUAUUAUUACAUCUCACCAUCCUGCAGGGCCAGGUGCAGAGCAGUGACUGAGGCUGUUCUGGAAGCAGACUCUCAUUUUACUCUGGAGAGCACUGAAAAGAUCACAGCCGUAUGCAAUUUCUUCACCUACAUUCGCUACAUCCAGCAGGGCUUGGUGAGACAGGAUGUGGAGCUGAUGUACUGGGAAAUCAUGCGGCUCAGGAGGGAAAUGUCCAUGGCCAAGCUGGGCUUCUACCCCAGCGCGAUGUAGGCUGGGCCUCGCCGUCUGAAGGGAGCUGCCCCAGCACGAACGUCACAUACUCCCAACAGACAGACAGACUGAGGCAGUGCGUCUACGCCGACGGGGUUCCCUCCUUCUCCCGGCCUGACAUGAACCACAGAGGGGAGGAGCAGAGUUCCCCCGUCCAAAGGCCUCCUUGCUGCCGUUCUCACAGUGACUAUGAGAUGCAGACACCCCCACCUGCCCCCAGAGAUGGGCUGGUCCUUUGAGCUCUGGGGGGUGGCCAGCGCUAAGGGUGGCCAGCUCUAAGUUCUGUCUGUAGUGGACCCUUUUCUCUAUGCUGCCUAUAGCCAGUUUUUUUAAUUUUAUACACAAUCUUGCUUCUGCAGAUUCUCCGAGACUUGCUGUGCACGAGGCGGGUCCUGGGCUCCUCUGUUUGGCAGAGGGUCCUUCGGCACCGAACUGCAGCUGGGCCUUCCCAUAUCCACCCCUCUGCCUGAGCGAGGCGGGGUGCAGUAUUGCUGUGCUGUGCCCCCAGCCCUCACUGGUGCCCCCUGCAAAUGCCAGCCGAGCACAGUAACCUCACUGAGAGCCAUGCAAAGCAUAUUUUCCAAGUGCUUCCCUGCUCCUCUGGCAGUCGCCUACAGGAGUCGCUUUCCAUUCGCUCAGUCACAAAGAGGGGUUUGGUUUUGUAACCCAGCUGAGAGCUGCUGCUGGGAGAACUACAGCAUAGGCCAAAGCUCCAUGCCUGGGGCCUCGGUUACAGUGCAAAUGGAAAUUGCAGAACAGAAAGCUGGCCACAGCUAUGCUGAGGCUGGCUGUACUAGGCUGCAGACAGUGUCUCUUCAGGUCCUUGUGAGGCAGCGGUGCCCGGCUGUGGUCACUGCAGGAAUGAGCAGCUCUCUUGCUCUGCUAUAAACCCCAGCCAGGGACAGAUGCCUCCUAGCCACUCCUUUUUUUAGACUGCGGCCUCAGGCAUUCACCUCCCCCAAUAUAAACUCCAGCCUGGGGCUGUCUCCUCUCUGGCUCUCCUUAUAGCCCCCAACUCAGGCAGUCACUACCCAGUGGCUAGUUGUAGGCUCUGGCCCUGGGCAUUCACUUCUGUGCUGCUUCAUUAUAGAUUAAGGCCAGAAGGAUCCAUUAGAUCAUCUAGUCUGACCUCCUAUAUAACAGAGGCUGUAGAAUUUCACCCAGCGAGUCCUGUAUUGGACCCAAGCCUUGCCAGUGCUUCAGGGGUGAAAGUAACUUAAGGGACUUAGCGGUGCGCAGGGCGGCUGGGGUCCUGAGCAAGGUUGGAGGGGCGGGGCUGGGGCCAGACACCCCCAGCCAGCCCUUCAGCGUGGCCUUGUGGCGAUUUAAAGGGAGCAGGGCUCCCAGCCACCACCGUCAACAUUACCCUGGGGUUCCAGCAGUGAGUUAAAGGGCCUGGGGCUCCGGCUGUGGUAGCAGCGUCUGGGAGUCCCUGGCCCUUUAAAUCACCGCCAGAGCCACAUGGUAACAGCAGCGGUGCCUUGGAGCCCUGGGGCUCUGGUGGCAAUUUAAAGGGCCAGGGGCUCCGUCCACUGUUGGGAGCCCCGGGCCCUUUUAAAUUACUGGGCCCCAGGGAAGCUGCCCCCUGCAGUACAGUCGGCUAUGUACCAGCUCUUACCGGUACGUCGGACCGGACCAGCUUACUUUCACCUCUGCAGUGCUUCCUUAAUGGUCUCCCAGCUCCCCAGCAGGGAGCCCUGAGACACCACUGCAUGUGGGUGACAGCGCCUGGGACAACCAUCUUCUGGGCCCCCCUGCAGCUCACAUCUCCCCUCCCACUGUCAUUAAUAUAGGAGUAUAUGCAGUAGUGCUGGAGGGCCUGAUCCAAAGUACAUUGAAAUCCUUGGACUCCCAGUGUCUUGGGCUCAGACCUUAAAUAUAGAUGGUGCUUUACAGAACCUUGCAAAGCCAUGAUCCUUGCCUUGGAGUGUUUUUAUAAUUGAAUAAUUAACCUCAUCUAUCAUGUCAUCGUCUUGGCUGCCAUCCUGUGCUGUUGCAUCAUCUCGCCUGGUGCUGCGGGGCCGCAUUUCUCUGUGAUGUAAUUCCACUGCCAUCAGCAGAGCCAUGAUUCAGCCCGUUGGCACUCAGACUCAGGUCAUCUGUGAUGUUACAGCCUCUCCCCGGAGGAGCUGCUACACAAGUAACCUGAUCACAUGCAAAGGAAAACACUGUGCCUGAGUCGCCUUCCGUUCUGCUUUUCGUUUGGGAUGCGGGGGGGAGGGCAAAUGGCAAUAGAACCUCUGGGCUGUUUGCAGGUCAGCAGAUGUCUCAUUGCAUAAGAGCCUCUUGAGCGUGGGUCAGCAAUCCUGGGAGAGGCUCUCUUUUUAUUUCGCAAAUGCUGGCUGCACUCUGCUGCUCUGCGGGAUGCUCUGCCUGGUGGCCCUUGGUGCCACCCCGAUGGCAUACAGUGGCACUUGCAAGCAAAGGGUUGGUCAGUAAGUGAAACUCAAGUCCUGCUCCCCAGGGAGAUAGCUGGGAGGAGGAUGCUGGAAAUGCUUCCAUGGUACCUGCCUCUUCCUGCUUAGAACAGGGCUGGUCUGAAACACCAGCACCCAGUUGUGGCCCCACUGCUUGGCUCUGCUUCAACACCCAUGAGCAGUGGUGGAACUGCAAGGUCUAAUUCCUCUUCAGCAACUGGGUGCCCUGGAAAUCCUCGCUCUGAUCCUGGCUGAAAAAUUAUUAGCUGUUUUCUGCAGGGGAAGGUGAUUUACACUGUGAAUUACAGGCCUGGAGAGAGAGCAUUUACGGACAAGCUAGGCUGGGUGCCAGCGUUUGAGCUAGUGUGAAUCAGCAUCUCUCUGAGUCCAGAGGAGCUAUUCUGAUUUACACCAGCUGUGAGGAGGAAAAGCUGAGACUGUCCUCCUGAGAGUCAGAUUUCAGGUCUUCCCUUGCAGUUCCACCUGGAUCUAUUUUUCCAUGGUUCCUGCUCUAAAUUGCUAUGUAAUGUUGCUGUGUGCUGUUACCUAGCUGUGGUGUUCCAGCCUGGAGGUCACUGCAGGUCAGCAGUGGGUGAGAUGAUCCUUCUGUGUAGAUUUUCCUAUCAGUUUGUAAAGUGCUGUGGGAUGAAAGGAGCUAGAGAACUGCAAGCUGUUAUUGGUCUAGACACUUUGUUUUAAAUGUAAGACAAAAACAAUGCAUAAAUUACUCUGAAAUUGCUCAAUUUAAACAGCAAGAUGACUGCACUCUGCUCUUUAUACAGCAAAAUAAACCUUUGUCUAGAGGAAGAAUCACAA